CCUACAGCAUUGUGUGCAAGUAAUUUUUCGUUGUUUAAAGAACUAGAGCUGCUCCCGAGGGUUUUUUUUUCAGUUGCUGUUGAGUUUUAGUAAAAUUCAGUGAAAGGAAAAAUCUAAAAAUGCCUCAAGAAUUAACAAACAUCCUGGAUGAGUGGAAGUGCCUGGAGGAAGAGUAUCAACAACUUCAGGAGACACACAGAAGCUACCUACAGAAACUGGAUGACAUUUCCAAACUACAAAAGAGCUGCUCUUCUUCCAUUUCCCAUCAGAGAAAAAGGCUGAAGGAUAUCUCGCAUCUGGUGAAGAAAUGCAGCCCAGGAACCUCAGAAGAAGCAGCGAAAAAAAUGGAUGUGAUGAAAGAUAAAAUGAGGACGAGACCCAAUGCUUACUUUGAAAUGGAAUCUUUUCUUCCCCAAAAAAAUGGGCUGUAUCUGAGUCUGGUCCUUGGAAAUGUGAACGUCACUCUUCUCAGCAAACAGUCCAAAUUCGCCUACAAAGAUGAAUACGAGACGUUCAAGCUGUGCUCCACCGUUGUCCUGCUGCUGUGUUCCUGCAUUUGUUAUUUCUUUGUCAGCUACAGAUUUGUUGAUGCGGUCCUCAACUUCCUGCUGGUGUGGUACUACUGCACAUUAACUAUCAGGGAAAGUGUUCUCAUCACAAACGGUUCCAGAAUAAAAGGCUGGUGGGUUGCUCAUCACUACGUCGCAGCUUUUUUGUCUGGUGUGAUGCUGACAUGGCCGGAAGGGAACCUUUACAAGAUGUUCAGGAACCAGUUCCUUGCCUACUCCCUGUAUCAGAGUUUUGUUCAGUGUCUGCAGUGCUACUAUCAGAGUGGAUGCCUGUACAGAUUACGAGCCCUGGGAGAAAGACACAACAUGGAUCUGACCGUGGAGGGAUUUCAGUCGUGGAUGUGGAAAGGGCUGACAUUUCUUUUGCCUUUCCUCUUUUUUGGUCAUUUCUGGCAGCUCUUCAAUGGCCUCUCUCUCUUCAAAAUGUCUCAGCUCCCAGACUGUAAAGAAUGGCAGGUCUUGAUGUGCGGUCUCUGCUUCCUCGUUCUGUUCAUGGGAAAUUUCUUCACCACUGUCGCAGUGGUCCGACAGAAGCUCAAGAGCAGGAACCAGAAACAGAAGAGUCUGUGAUACAACGUGAUAAAAUAAAGCAUGUCCACAAAACGCUGUCUCACAUGUUCACAAGCUCAUAUCUUCAUUAAUAUUAUCCUGGCCAGCAAUAAUAAGUCUACUGGCAAUACUGCACAACAUGAACAGUAGAUACAUACAUAUAAAGGAGUGCUAGGAUUAAUCAAUCAUCAUAAAAAGUUAAAAUAAGGAGUGUUCUUAUUUGUACCAAAAAAAACACCUCCAAUAUAAGGAAUGUGUUUAGUUGUUAUUUAAUAUCUUAACAUUUAAUUUCCAGUGAAGAUCUUUUAGAUUCUGAUAUUCAUACUGUCAUAUGAUUAUCACUCUCUAUAUUUUUCUGUUAUACAAAUAUUUGUCCAAUUUUCUCUUUAAUACUAAUAUAUAACCUGUAUUGGUAAUUUUGUGUGCUUUGCAUUUUAUCAAUGGUUUAUGUUUGCAUUUAUUACAAGACAUUGCUGGUUUCUACCACACCCCUGACAAAUGUUUACAUUUCAUUUAUGCAAACUAAACUGACUAAAUCAACUCAACUUGGUGAGGGGCUAAAGGCUAAAUCUGCCCGUUUCAUUGCCUGAGCUGAAGGCGGAACAGGUUUGUACAUUAGUAUAUUUGCUCCAGUAUUAUUAAAUACA